UAUGGCUAGGUGAUGCAUGAUCACGAGUAAACGCUCUAUUCCGCUCAUAACUCAGAUCGUUCAACAAACGCCCUUUUUGUGCCACAACCUUACCAGAAUGGUCUCUCAAGUACCAGACUCAGUGUCCUUCCCCAAAGAGGAAGAGAAAGUGAUUGAACUCUGGAAGAAGAACGACACUUUUAAGAAGUCGUUAGAGCAAAGUAAAGCAGCUAAACGUCCAGCCUACACGUUCUAUGACGGUCCUCCCUUUGCUACAGGACUUCCUCACUACGGUCACUUGCUGGCUGGCUCUGUUAAGGAUAUCGUUACUAGGUAUGCUCACCAGAACGGGUACCAUGUGGAGAGGCGGUUUGGUUGGGAUUGUCACGGUUUACCUGUAGAGCACGAGAUUGACAAGAAACUUGGGAUCACGGGACCUGCUGACGUGCACGCAAUGGGUAUAGACAAGUACAACGCGGAGUGUAGGAGUAUUGUGAUGAGGUACGCUAGUGAGUGGGAACACUCUGUACAGAGACUCGGCAGAUGGAUAGAUUUCGAGAACGACUACAAGACUUUAUAUCCUGAAUUCAUGGAGUCAGUGUGGUGGGUGUGGUCACAGAUGUUUGCUAAAGGUCUUGUUUACAAAGGUUUCAAAGUAAUGCCCUACUCCACUGCCUGCAACACACCUCUCUCUAACUUUGAGGUUAACCAGAACUACCACGAUGUCACGGACCCUGCCGUCUUCGUCAGCUUCCCCAUCGACCAGGACCCGGGAGUCAGCUUUGUGGCCUGGACCACCACCCCCUGGACCCUGCCCAGCAACCUUGCCUUGUGUGCUAACCCUGAUGAGAUAUACGUGAAGAUCCUGGACAAAGUCAGGGACCAGAAGUUCAUCUUGAUGGAAGCUAGGCUGUGUGGAUUGUACAAGACAGAAGAUGACUACACAAUUCUUGAGAAGUUCGCCGGAAAUACCCUAGCUGGUAAGACUUACACCCCUCUGUUCCCUUACAUGGAGCAGAUGAAGGCUAAUGGAGCGUUUAAAGUGUGUCUUGAUAAAUAUGUUACUAAGGAUGCGGGUACGGGUAUGGUCCAUCAGGCCCCAGCAUUUGGAGAGGACGAUUACCGAGUUUGUUUGGCCAAUGGGGUUUUCAAAAAGGGCAGGAACCUGACAUGCCCUGUUGAUCCCACCGGAAAGUUCCUCUCUAUCGUGACUGACUUUGAUGGAAUGUAUGUGAAAGAUGCUGACAAGCACAUCAUCAAGAAGCUGAAGGAAGAAGGAAGAAUGGUCCACGCUGGAACCAUAAACCACAGCUACCCAUACUGUUGGAGAUCUGAUACCCCCCUCAUCUACAGGGUCAUCCCCAGUUGGUUCAUCAAGGUCACUGCACUCCGUGAGAAACUGCUGGCCAAUAACGACAAGUGUUACUGGGUUCCUGAGUUUGUCAAAGAGAAGAGGUUUAAGAACUGGUUGGCUGACUGUCGCGAUUGGAGCGUGUCCAGGAACAGGUAUUGGGGAACUCCUAUACCUCUUUGGGUUAGUGAUGACGGCGAGGAGAUUGUGUGUGUGGGAUCUAUCAAGGAGCUGGAGGACCUAACCGGGGAGAAGAUAACUGAUCUUCAUCGGGAGAGCAUUGAUCAUCUCACUAUUCCGUCGAAGUGUGGUAAGGGUGUUUUGAAGAGGGUACCGGAGGUGUUCGAUUGUUGGUUUGAAAGUGGAAGUAUGCCCUACGCGCAGCAGCAUUAUCCAUUUGAAAAUGUUUCUCAGUUCGAUUCUAAGUUCCCAGCUGAAUUCAUUGCGGAAGGAGUUGAUCAAACGAGAGGAUGGUUCUACACACUUCUGGUCCUCGCCACGGCCCUAUUUGAUAAACCACCAUAUAAGAACCUGAUCGUGACCGGUCUGGUGCUUGCUUCCGACGGAAAGAAGAUGAGCAAGCGUCUGAAGAACUACCCGGACCCAACUACUGUCAUGGACAAAUACGGAGCAGACUCUCUGAGGCUGUAUCUGAUCGACUCCCCUGUUGUUAGAGCUGAUACUCUCCGCUUCAAAGAGGAAGGUGUCAAGGAUGUCCUCAAGGAUGUUCUUCUACCAUGGUUCAACGCUUACCGCUUCUUGAUCCAAAAUAUAAUCCGACUAGAUAAAGAAGAUGGCGUGAAGUUCGUGUAUAAUGAAAACAGUCCAGUCCUGUCCAAUAACGUGAUGGAUAAGUGGAUCCUGUCCUACACGCACACUUUAAUAGAAUUCGUGAAGGUGGAGAUGGCUGCUUACAGACUCUACACAGUUGUUCCCCGUCUGCUCCAGUUUAUUGAGAACCUCACUAAUUGGUACGUUAGGCUGAACAGAGCGAGACUGCGAGGAGAGGUUGAUUUGGAGGAGUGCCAGGCGAGCGUGCAGACUCUCUUCUCCGUCAUGUUCAACAUGAUCCGACUCAUGGCCCCAUUCACUCCAUUCAUCACCGAGAUGAUGUACCAGAACUUGCACAAGAGCAUUGAUAAAAACAUGAUCAAGGGGGCAUCAGACAGUAUUCACUACAUGAUGCUACCAAAGUACGACCCCAAGAUGGUUGAUAAGGAUAUUGAACGCCGUGUGUCGGUAAUGCAGGCUGUUAUUGAAACAGGCCGUGUUCUCAGGGACCGAAACACUCUCCCUAUAAAAUAUCCUUUAAAGGAGGUUGUUCUGGUGGACGCUGAUCCUACAACUCUGGCAGACGCCCAGGCUCUGGAGUCUUACAUUGUCAGUGAGCUCAAUGUGAAGAAGUUGACAGUUUCAUCUGAUAAGAAGAAGUACGAUGUGAAACUGACUGCCAAACCAAACCACAUGAUUCUGGGGAAACGGCUGAAGAAGGACUUUAAACCCGUGUCAGCAGCCAUCGCUAAACUUACUGACGCUCAACUUACGGAGAUGAAGGAGUCAGGGAAACGGGAAAUUCUCGGUCAUACUAUCGGUUUUGAUGAGAUGCAUGUUGGUUACGAGGUGAACUCUGAGUCGGGCUCGUAUGCUGCUGCUUCAAUGCACAAUGUUCUGGUCUUACUCGACCUGUCUACUGACCAGGAGAUGAUGGAUGAGGGCCUGGCGAGAGAGGUCAUCAACAGAAUUCAGAAGCUUAGGAAGUCAGCUAAAUUAGUCCCAACUGAUAAAAUCUCCAUAUUUUACGCGAUUGACAGCAAGAAGAAGGAUAACGAAGACAUGUCUAGAGCAAUGAGAAACUAUCAAGAUUUCAUCGAAACUGGCGUAAAGUCUCCAUUCUUAGGCGAACCCGCUCAGGAAAAUGUAAUUAUUUCUGAAGAAGUGGAGGUUAAAGGAAGCAGAUUCCAGCUUACUCUCUGUGGAGAUGUCAAGAAAAGUAGCUCCGGUCCUGUCGUCCAAUGGCCUCAGGGUCGUCCAUCCGGUAAAUACUUCACCGUCAACUACAACGAUUCCUCAAGGGAAAUCCUACUACAACCCAACGGUAAUCAACUGUCAGCAAUACGACUUGAGAGGGAAGUUAAAGCCAUGUAUGGGCUGUUUGGAAGGACGGUAAUCUUGAGUUUUAAUGGUAGUGCGGUUAAAUGUACAACACGUGACCUUACUUUCCUUGGCGGGGGUAUUGUCACAGUUAUAACAGCGUAGCUGCUCAUCUUCUUAGGUCAUAUUAUAGGGUAAAUAAUUUAACUCAAGCUUUAUCAUAUUUCAUUUUCAUAAAGGUAUUUGACUGAUUUUAUGGAGUUUUCCCA